CAAACUUAGUUUGUGGUUUGAACUCGUCGUCAUUCCAGCUUUACCUGAUGAAUCCCAGUCAGCUGUUGAUGCUUCUCUUUACUCGUCCUAACAGGGAGCAGUCAGAAGAUGUUGAGGAGGAGGAGGAGGAGGAGGUGGAGGUAGAGCAAGAGGAGUCUGAACAGGAAGAAGAAAGAGGAGAGCAGCAGGAGUACCAAGAGGAGGAACGCCCAAAACCCAAACCUCUGGUGCCCCAAAUCGCUCCUCCAAAGAUUCCCGAGGGAGAAAGAGUGGAUUUUGAUGACAUCCACAGAAAGCGUAUGGAGAAGGACCUGCUGGAGCUGCACACGCUGAUAGACGUGCACUUUGAGCAAAGGAAGAGAGACGAGGAGGAACUAAUCGGCCUCAAGGAUCGAAUUGAACGACGUCGAGCAGAGCGAGCGGAGAUCCAGAGGGUUCGAGCAGAGAAGGAGAAGGACCGCCAGAACCGGAUAGCGGAGGAGCGUCAUCGUAAAGAAGAAGAAGAAGCCAAGAAGAAGGCCGACGAUGAUGCCAAAAAGAAGAAAGUGUUGUCUGGCAUGGGAGCUAACUUUGGAGGCUUCCUAGCUAAGGCUGAGACUCGGAAGAGCAAACGCCUCACAGGAAGAGAGAUCAAGAGGAAAACUCUGGCGGACAGACGGCAGCCUCUCGGUACCGACAGCAUGAGGGAGGAUGGUCUCAGGAAACGGGCUCAAGAGAUGUGGAACUGGAUCUACCAGCUGGAAUCGGACAAAUUUGACUUCAUGGAACAAAUGAAACACCAGAGAUAUGAGAUCACCGUGUUGCUGAACAGAAUCCAACAUGCUCAGAAAUUUAAAAAAGGCCACGGCAAAGGGAAGGUGGGCGGUCGCUGGAAGUAACGCAGAAACCACGAAACCAACUUGACGGAGAAACCAUUUUUCACGAUUCUCUAUGUCUUUGAGUUUUGUGGAUGAAACCUGCCGUCACCUGUCGGUAAUAAAAUACAUGCAUGAAGUCUCA